UAAAAAAACAACUCAACAUUGUUUUAUAAUCUCUACCCAAAUAGUUUGGUAAACUUUCCCUAACUCAUAUAGGCCUAGCCCUAGCCUUUAGGCCGUCAACUCUAGACAAUGUUGAUAUUUUUGAAGUGCAUUGUGUUAUCCCUUCUUUUAUUGGCUAAUACUAGACAUACGUCUUGGGUAAAUAUUAACGCGAAUCUGAUUGGCUUACGCGUGUAAACACACACAAAAACGACGCUCUACUCACCGAAGGAGCACAUUGUUCGGGACGGUUUUUUUUUGCUCUGUGUGCUGAUCGUGCGCACAAAAACACCACGUGACCCGUGUCGUCUGCGACACAAUGUGGGGUUAUAAUCUCAGAUGAUUGCUACUUACAAGUCUAAGGGGGUUUCACCGUAGUAUCAAGCCAUCAGAAGGGGUCAGGGUUAACCCCUGUGUUUACCGCUGUUGUUUGCGAGGCUGUCAGACAGCAAGGGCAGCAAGCGAUGAGCUGUCACGGUAUUUUUACAGCGCUGUUUCAGGAGGCGUGUUUGCCCUGUGGGGCAUGUAGAAUGGGGGCGGAGGAAUCCAGGAACGGCAACUAUGGGUUGAUGUGUGCCAGUGCUGUAGUUGCCAACUUGAACAAGCAGGUUCAGAGUGCUCGCCCCUGGUCUCUGCUGCACCAGUGUUCGCUGGAUCAGUGGAACAAUGGACAUGGAGUGGCUGCAGCCUUCUCAGAAACGACCUUGACCUGCAAUGGUGUUGUUUUCAAGGACUGCAGCCCGUCCUUCUGUAUCAACAGGCAGGGGCUGCUGAACGUCAACAAAUCAGAGCCCUUCUUCAGCUUCAGGAGGAAGAGCAAGUUCACCAAGAUGGCCGAGCACUUUGAGUACAACCACAUCCCAGCCCACCUCUCCUCCAUCCAGAACUUCCACGUCAACAGCGUCCUCUGCUGCCAGGGUCAGACGGUCAUCCUCCAUCUUGUCCGCAACCUCAUGACCCAGUUUGGGCUCAUAGAUUUGAAAGCCAACAAAUUUCUGGGCAUCUUCGGUAACCAGAGGGUGGAGUUUGUCAACGAGGCCCUGAGGGGGGAGAUCUCACCGGAUGGAUCCCUGUGUCUGAUCAAAAUGCCGACAACUCGUAUUGGCGCCACAGGUUUUGUUUUCCAGCUGUACAAGCUGAGCACUAAAGAGCUGCUGUCUGAGAUCAGCGUUGCCUACAACCACGCCCUGUUUGUCUUCGACCCCAGAUUCAGCACCUCCAGAAUAGCCGUGACCAGUUUCAGUGAAAACGAGGACAAUAGCUUAAGCCUGAUUCGGAUGCCGAGUUGGGAGGUCAUGACGACCAAUUCCAGAGUGGAUGACUUCAACUCUAGUCUAAACCCUAACCUGAAGGACUUGAAGUACUCCAGGGACGGCCAUCUUAUCUUUGCUGUCAUGAUCACCAGCGGCUGCCAUUGUAAGGAGAAAAAGGCCAGGAAGUGCCAGCCAAUUGAUGUCAGUAUCUACGUGUUUGACGGGGACUCGGCCCAGACCCUCCACUGUAUACAGUACCACCGCUACGCCUGUGGCCAGCACUCUUGCCUAGUCAACUACAUGCCUGUUUUAUCCGAAUGCGGCAGCCGUAUGGCCAUCGUCCUUAACGAUUUAGAAACCCCCAUAGACCACGUACAGAUCUACAAGCUCCCAGUGCGAGGGAGUCUCCAGAACAGGUGUCGCGUGCGUAUACUCAACACGUUCCCGCCUGAGACAAUCAAGCACCUGCCACUGCCCCGCAAGCUGAUCAGCUACCUGGGAUUCCAGCCAGAUUACUUAUGAUGAAGUCUUGCAUUAGACUGACACCACUCCGCCUACAUGCUCACAACCCCCGUCUUCAGAGCUGCUUCUGGUACCCACGCAGCCAACGCACUUGGUCCUGCUCUGUUUUCAAGGCAUCCUGCUGAUGAUCCUACCCUCACGGGGGUGUGUUUUAAUUAUACAUUGCAUAACAGCUUCAGCCGUAUAUUACCACAGUGUAUAAUCCGCACGCUAACAUGGUUUUGAUGGCUAUCCUAAUGGCCUGAGGUUUGUCGUUAUUUAACGUGUGAUGGCCAUGCUUAUGGCCUAAGGUUUGUCGUUGUUCAAAGUAUGUCUUUCAACUGUUGAUGUUACAUGCUAAUACAUUGAAAAGCUCAUCAGCUCAUUAUCACUCCUCCUCCUAAUUCUCUGACAACAGACAAAAGUUGUCUGCCUUGAUGUGUAUUGUAUUGCUGGGGUUUUGUUGUUGCUAGGAGACUUGUGGCUUACGUCAAGCCAGUAAACGAGGCGGCCAGCUGUACCUUCAGCCAUGUCGUUGUUGUCAAAUAAUUGUUGCUUGCUCAUGUUAUUGCCAUCAUUGAGACAAUAUAGAGAUACUGUGUUACUUCAAGUCUUGCCAAGAGUUUACCUUUGAUUUCAUCAUCUUUUUGUAAAUAACAAUUCUAACUUGAAUUGCUAAAGUUCACAUUUUUUUCUGGAUCAAAAACAAGCAAUCAGUAAUGUUUAUAAUCUCUAAUUAAAUAUAAUUUUCAGACUUAAAAUGGAAUUAUAAUCAAUUUGGAAAUCUUAAUUUAACUUAAAAUAUUAAAUUCAUAAUUCAAUUUAUUUAUUGUUUUGGCAAAUCUAACAUUCAAAUGAAAGAAAAGAUUUAAAUUACUAUUUGUUUUGCAAGCAAUCUUUUGAAAGAUAUUUUUCCUAAUUGAUAUUUGUACAUGUAAUUUCUAUCUACUUAUGUUGUGGAAUUACACUAAUUUUAUAUAUUUAAAAAAUGUGUAUUCAAACCAAAUAUUCAUGUAACAUUAUAACUAGUGUGUUGCAAUAGUAGGUUAACAUAUUCAGUAUUAGAAAUGUUCAUAUAUUGUGUAUCGCCCACUUUAUUUUAUUUAUUCUUCACUGGAAACUAUUACAUUCAUUGAAAGAUUAAGGAAUUUUUGUUUUAAAGUUUGGUUCAUCUAUUUUACUACAGCUUGUAAGCUUUUUCAUUUUAUCCUACUCAGUGCCAUAAAAGCAGAAUUACUAUUUUUGAAUAAUAUACUUUCAUAUAUCUUUAAUAUCGAGUACUAAAAACCUAUUCAACUUUAAGAAAAUGAACAGUUUAAUUGUGUUUGUAUUUAUUAGGAGCUGGACAUAUUUAAAACAAAAAUCUAUCAGAAAUUUUUAAUGAAAUCUCGUGUAAAAAAAAAUUUCAUUCAAUAAAGUUCAAAUUGUGCUAUAAGGAGCUUAUUGUUUUUACUUUUUCUUUUUAUAUUUAUUUACUUUAAUAUUAUGAAUGACAAGAUUUACUGUCAAGAAAAAAAUGAAAGCAAGCUGGGCUUGUUAAUGUGGUCUGCUUAUCAACUAAGCUAAUUAUUAAUUUGUAGAUUGAGUGUCCUAGCUACUAAUGUUAUUAUAUUUGUUUCAUAUAAUUUUUAAGGUAGUGGAACUGGUGCUUCCAAUUGUAGGACAGGACAUUUGUUUAACUUCUUUAAUUCUUUGGUUGCUAAAAAAAACUGCUGAUUGAUGCCUAAUCUGGGCUGUUUUUUUUUUUUGGUUUU